AGAAGAAAAAUUCAACAAAAAUGGCUUGUUUUCAAAACGAUUUAAAUGAUUUUUUUAAAUUAGAUGAAAAAGGGGAUGCCACUAUUUGCAGCAGCCGUUCUACCCCCGGCCGCUCUACCCCCGGCCGCUCUACCCCCGGCCGCUCUACCCCCAGCCGCUCUAUUGCAUUCACUGGCCGUUCUCGAGCCCGUCGCUUGGGAUAUAUAUCUCAACGAUCUGUUGUAGGCUAUAAUGGUCACUAUGAGGGUGACAUUAGCAUGUUGGGUAAAAAGUCCUUGCUGGCAUUGGAUACUUCAAAUGUGGAGAAAAGCGACAAUAACAUCUAUUAUGAUGCCGAAAUAGAUGCCCAUAAGACCAAUUUAAAUGCCAAUGAGUGCCCAAGGAUGGAGGACAAAUCCGCCAGGACUCUUUUGCCAGAAAGUCAAUUUUGGAAUCUGAUGACUGCCUAUAUGCCAAGAUUUUUGCCUCCACAAAUGAUGGAAAAAUUUACCAAAUUUACAGAUCUAGUUUACGGAAGUCCUCUCAAUGGUUUUCUUUGCAAGAUUUGCAAUUUAAUUCGAAUUAUCAUCGUUUGGAUAUUCCAUUUGUUGGCUGUUAUUGGUGCAAAAAUCGGUGGCGUGUCAUUGUGGAUAUUUCGUAUCCAUUAUGCCUGCAGACGUCUCUUGUGGUCAAUGACUUUGACAAAAUAUGAAGAUUCGUUACUAUUUCUUCUGUUUUUGUUGUGUAGCCCAUUGGUAUUCUCUCUGGCAGCUGUAGGCUUUGUUCUAUCUCUAUAUGCCUCACUUAAGGAGUUACUGGAAGACGCUACAGCCAGACUACGAGCGGCUGCAUAAAUUGCUAAUUUUUUUGUUUUGUUUUCCCUGUUGUGUUAAAAUGAAAUUUUGAUUUUUUUCUUCAUACUCAACGCCGAGAGAAUGCUUGAACUCUAGAAUUAAUUAAUUUUAACAAGUAAGAGCUUGCUAAGUUCGGCCGGGCCGAAUCUUAUAUACCCUCGACCAUGGAUCGCAUUUGUCGAGUUCUAUGCGCGGUAUCUCUCUUUAGGCAAACAAAGAAUAUCGAAUAAGAACUGUUAUGCUAUUGAAGCUAUAUCAAGUUAUAGUGCGAUACGGACUAUAAAUGAAUGCUGAACAUUGUAAAAGUCA